CCGCCCCCAGCGCACGCGCAUGCGCCAGAGGGCCCUGCCGCCCCGCUCUAUCCUACUCCGGCUCCCGCCGGCGUUCAGGACACUGGGUUCCCUACAAGCCGCCCCAGGCUUAAUGAUUGUCCAGAAGGUGGCUAUAAAGGGAGCCUGGGAGGCUGGGUGGAGGAGGGAGCAGAAAAAGCCUAACUCAGCAGAUUUGGGCACUGAAAGAGCCACCGGCAGGAGCUGUGGCCAGAGGCUCCGUGUCCCCACCGGUGGGGCCUGCUCCCUUCCACCAUGGCGGCCCAAGGCUACGGCUUUUACCGCGCUGUGAUCUUCUCAGCCAUGUUUGGAGGCUACAGCCUAUACUACUUCAAUCGCAAGACCUUCUCCUUUGUCAUGCCGUCGUUGGUGGAGGAGAUCCCUCUGGACAAGGAUGACUUGGGGCUCAUCACCAGCAGCCAGUCGGCAGCCUACGCCAUCAGCAAGUUUGUGAGCGGGGUGCUGUCCGACCAGAUGAGUGCUCGCUGGCUCUUCUCUUUGGGGCUGUUCCUGGUUGGCGUGGUCAAUGUAGCGUUUUCCUGGAGCUCCAUGGUCCCCGUCUUUGCUGCUCUGUGGUUCCUCAAUGGCCUGGCACAGGGGCUGGGCUGGCCUCCGUGUGGGAAGAUCCUGCGGAAGUGGUUCGAGCCAUCUCAGUUUGGCACUUGGUGGGCCAUUCUGUCCACAAGCAUGAACCUGGCCGGAGCGCUGGGCCCCAUCCUGGCGACCACCCUCGCCCAGAGCUACCACUGGCGCGGCACGCUGGCCCUGUCCGGGGCCCUCGGUGUGGUUGUCUCCUUCCUCUGCCUCCUGCUCAUCCACAACGAGCCUGCCGACGUCGGACUCCGAAACUUGGACCCCGCCCCCGCCAAGGGCAAGAAGGGCUCCUUGGAGGAGGAGAGUACCUUGCAGGAGCUGCUGCUGUCCCCCUACCUGUGGGUGCUCUCCAUUGGCUACCUCGUGGUAUUUGGAGUAAAGACCUGCUGUACCGACUGGGGCCAGUUCUUCCUUAUCCAGGAGAAAGGACAGUCAGUCCUCGUGGGUAGCUCCUACAUGAGUGCGCUGGAGGUUGGGGGCCUUGUAGGCAGCAUUGCAGCUGGCUACCUGUCAGACCGGGCCAUGGCAAAGGCAAGGCUGUCCAUCUACGGGAACCCCCGCCACGGCCUGUUGCUGUUCAUGAUGGCUGGCAUGACCGUGUCCAUGUACCUCUUCCGGGUAACUGUGAGCAGUGACUCCCCCAAGCUCUGGAUCCUGGUGUUGGGAGCUGCGUUUGGUUUCUCUUCUUACGGUCCCAUUGCCUUGUUCGGAGUUAUAGCCAAUGAGUGCGCCCCUCCCAACUUGUGCGGCACCUCCCACGCCAUUGUGGGACUCAUGGCCAAUGUGGGCGGCUUUCUGGCUGGGCUGCCCUUCAGCACCAUUGCCAAGCACUAUACCUGGAGCACAGCCUUCUGGGUGGCUGAAGUGAUCUGUGCGGUCAGCACUGCUGCCUUCUUUCUCCUACGAAACAUCCGCACCAAGAUGGGCCGAGUGCCCAAGAAGGCUGAGUGAAGAGUACAGGCUCCAGUGCAUCCUCUCCCACCUGUGGCCUUCCCCCUGCACGGGGCUGCGGGGAGAGGGGGGCAGAGAAAGAAAGGGGGGCUGCUCCGGCUAGCAUUGAACCUUUGAUUUUCUCUUGUGCGCCUUUCCCCUCGCCCAGGUGGUGCUGGAAGUUACCAGUGGCUAAUGAGGUCCCAGCUCCCCAUCCUGUGUUCCAUUUAAAAGGCACUUUUGUUCUUGGACUCCACUAGCUCCUAUUUCCUGCCUUCAAACAGGAAACCCCUGCAGUCAGGGAGUCCCCUAAACCCUUCUUCCCCUCCUGGGCCCUCCCACACCAUCGCCAGUAGAGUGAGGCUCCUCCUGCCGCUGCAGGGUACCAGGGACCCAUGAUUGCUGCCCUAAGGCCUCUUAGCACUGGCAACGGCUAUUGCCAAUACCUUCGAUUCCAAGGGGAGAGGAGGCCAUCACACUCACCAGUACCCUCUGGGGACGGCGGGGGCCGUGGGGUGUGGGUGGGAGGGAGGAGGACUUGACACAGAUUAAAACUAGAUUUGAUACUAAA